UGUAUACGCUAAAUGAAACUCAGUAGCUGUGAGUUCCGCGCUGCAGGCUUAUCUGUUUGUCCUGCAGGGGUGUGUUGAUGACAAAUCCGCCAACAUUUUUUUUUAAGUGACUGUCUGGUCUCUGCGGAGGAAGAGACCUGACGUUGAUUAAACCACACCGAGGAGGUCUGGUCAGGCCAAAGCCUGGUGUUUGGCUGGGUUCGAAUAUGGCUCUGUCAUUCCUUUUGGUCUUGGCUGCUACUGUGAUUCUUAUCAGACCAGAAACACCUGUAACAAAGGCCUUACAUCAGAACUCGCUUGAGUGCUGUGGCGAGAAACAGAGAGUGAACAAUUCAUGUUCAAAUGACACUCAUUGUGAACCAGGCUGCUUCUUGCGUGUCCUUGAGAACAGCAACACCUGUUUGCAUAUUCUGUGACUCAGCAGCUGUGGAUCUGGAGAACAUAACAGUCUGCACCUACAACUACACAGUGGAGCGGAAGAAUCACACAACUGUAACUACUGUCAUUCCUAAAAUUGGAGGGCCAGGCGUGGCGGCCUCUCUUCUCCUGGGAACACUGUUGAUCAGCCUGUUCCUGAUCCUGUCUGUUGCCUCCUUUUUCUACCUCAAACGCUCCAACCGACUCCCGAGCAUCUUCUACCGCCGCAACAAGGCCUUUAUUUUCCAACCAAGCGAGACAGCUGUCAUGAUCCCGUCUUCCUCAGUGAGGAAGCCCAGAUAUGUCAGAAGGGAGCGACCGUCCGCAGCAUCGACAGUGAAUAGUGCCACCAUAUCCACCACAUCCUCUACUCAAGUCUAUAAUGUGUAGGAGGCACAGGUAGGAGAGAAAGCUCAGGAAGGAUGUUAGAUUUUCUUAUCAAGCGUGAAGAAAAACCAGUUGACUCGUAUAGACGCCAAAUGUAACUGUAACAUCUUAUCUACACAGCCUUUGACUUGUUCAUAUUAAAUACUUUUUUUCUGUGAAAACAAGCAAACACAUGAUAACCUAUGUGUCCAAGGAAAAAUAGUUUCAGUAUUUCUCUGUAAAUUUGAAACGUCACGGGUCAGUUUGUAGCUUCCACCUGCUCAUGCAGCAGUGUUGUGAUGAACAGAUUCAUCACUCAGGAUCACUCCUUGGUUUGUCUAAACACUGUCAGGAAGAGCUGGUGGCCGAUUAGCUUAGCAUAAAGACUGGAAAUAGGGUGAAAUAGUGAGCCUGGGGUUGUAGAAAAAAAUUCAAGUUAUAUCUCUGUAUGAAAACCAAAUGGAAAAACAACAAUUUGGGGGAUUAUUCACCAGACUUUUUCAUUGCUUUUCCAGUUUGGUUUUAUUAUGUAUUAAACAAAUGAGAUAUAAUGUGUCAAUUAUUGAGCUUUAGAGGUGCUGGACCCUUGGACAGAGCCAGGUAGCUGUUCUCCCAUUUCCAGUCUUUAUGUUAAGCUAGGCUAACAUCUCCUGGCUGCAGCUCCAUUUCUAACAGACAAACAUGAGGCUGGUAUCAGUCCUCUCAUCUUGGCUGUUCCUUUAAGCGAAAGGUUUCAUAAUUACAUGGAUCUGUCUUUUAGACCCAUGAGAGGAAUAAAACCAGUGACCAAGUUGAGCAACAGUGACAAUGAUCUGUGGAUCUGUGGGAGUGACAGUCCAGCAACGUUUGAUGGAAGCUUGUUUUUUUUCUGAGUUUGCCAAUUAGGACAUUGUUUUUUUUGUUUGUUUUUUUUUUACGUGUGUGUGAUAUUUAUUUGUAUUUUUGUAACCGUGCACUGAAUUUUACUGAUUAGAAUCGGGCCAAGAGAAUGAAUCAUGUGUCAAAUUUGAAUUCUUCUGGUUUAAGGGGACAUUGCAGAGAGAGUUGGGUUAUUGUAGGCGCUGUGUUGAUUGUUGAUUGUUUGACAAACUUGUGUUUUUAUUGUUGCGUUUGUAUUUAUUAUUUUUGUGAGCUAUAGCAAGGUGAAUGUAUCUCACAUGUACAACAAAUCAUACUUAGCAGAUGCAUGCAUCAUUCAUUACAUUCCACAGCAGACCCACCUGCACACUGAUAGAGGUAAUCUUAAGAAACAAAAUCAUGUUUCUUUUCUGUAAUCCUACUUAAAGUUUUAAAAUGCUAAUUUUGGUCCAUGAAGUUAAGUUUGAUUCCAAUAAGGUUUUUCUCUCAAAACAUAAUAUUUUUCAAUCCUCCUGCACUUUAUUUGUCUGAGGUGAUCAGCUGAUGUUAAACUUUACUUUUAAAAAGAAAUUCUCAAUAUUACUUGUUGCCAUCAAGUGUGAUUGAGGUUGUUUUGUUGUAAACUGGCAACAUUAUUGUUGCAAUGUGAACAUUACUUGACUACUCUUAUCUUUGCCAAAUGUUCUUUGAAGAAAAUGGCUUUUACUUUGUGCCAUUACUGUGAUUGCUGUGCCAUUAUGAGCUUUAAAUGCAGCCAGGAAAACAUUUAGUCUAGACGUGAUGAAUAAUUGGGUAUCUGAAUAGUAUCCAGUGGCCUUUACUGUGCACAAUUUGAAAACUAAGGCUAGUUAUCCAAGUUUUAUUCGCUACGUGGUAUUUUAUUUCAUAUAUUUUUAUAUCUUGACAACACUAAGGCUGUAUGAAAAGUCAUUUCCAUCUUCAGUAUAUGUGGUGCAAUCUGAAGUGAGCCAGAGAAAAAGCAGCAAUCAUUCCAUGAAUAUUCCCCUUCUUUGCUUUGUGUUUGCUGUUGUACAGAAAACCAUAAGCUGAAUACAUGUACAUAUUGUUUUCUACAAAUGAUGUAUUGUUUUUGUAAUGAUGUACAUAUACUAGUUUCAAUGCCAUGAAGAAUGUUCUGAAGACGUACGUAUUGUUUGCAGAAAUAAAGCACCUUUCCAUAA